UCAAACAGUCCGUCCUCCAAUCUGUCGUUAUUUUGGUAUUAAAUGUAAAUGCAUUGUGUUGUUACAGUUUCUAUUGGACACUUAACAAUAACAGUACCAGUAAGUGGUGUUGUCGUACAUGCGUUCUUCUCGUAUUUUAAAGAUGACAAAUUUAUCAUUGUAUCCAUAUAAAAUCAUAAGCUGAUGUGUGACAUGUGCUAUCGCGCCGAAUCUGCCUUGAGCUGGUGACUCUUGAAUGCCUGGAAGUGAGCUUCUCGUCUCUCCUCAUGGGAGGACGGGACGCAGUCAAGCCUCGGAGCUGCUACUAUCGUCCGCCGCCGGCCCGCUCGGUGUCUCACCGGGCGACAAGUUGGACACUGCCGGCGAUGCAGUGGCCAUAUUGGACGCCUCCCUAGUCGGUUCGGAGACCUUUCACCGCCGUCGGACCUGUCGUCGGCGAUGUGUCUUCGUUGUGAUGUGGACGGCUGUCAUGCUGACGGCGGCGGCAAUAGCUGUGCUGGUAUACGAAAUAUUUAAUGCCAAAGAACAUGUUUUGGUACUGGAAAAUAGGAAAGAGUUCAUGGCCAAACAAGCUGAUUUAAAACUGAAGGUAACGAUGCCCGAGACGACAACGAAGCGAGCGACGACAACUCCAUCCACCACGCCGGCUUCGACUCCAUCUACGAACAGCAUAUUUAUUCCUUACACCGGCACUGUUCCACCGUUGGACAAGGACAUGGAUUAUGAGAUAUACGAUGGAAUGUUGGCCGUGCCGUCGAUCGUGGACGGCCAAAUCAAUCACACAGGUGCUGUUGGAGACUAUAUGGGCAGCAUCUUGAGCGACUACGGGAGUCUAGUAGGGGACUACAGUGAUCCCCAAGUCGGAGAUAGUGCCACUGGCCGCCGCCGUAGACACGUCAGGGAUGUCUCUGGAGGGUACAAAACGCGGAACACCAUCCAGCAAGAUGUUGGUGGUGAUCGUAAAAUAAAGAAGUACUCUGCUGGCGCUGGGAGUUAUCUACCAUCUAUCACUAGCUCUCUUAGUAAAGCCAUGGGACUGUUGAAUAAUAUUCUGACAGGGAAAACUUCUGCUAGCAGGCUGGCCUUGCUCCUAGGUAUGCUCAACGACACAGCGACAACCGCAGCAGAGAAGAGACACAGCUUGGGAGAAAAAGGCCAGCCAAGUACGACUGAAGCAGCAAAAGGGACAAGUCUUGAUAUAGCUACAGCUUCCGAAUCGACACAACAUUCAACUGAAAGUACAAGACUGAGGUCAAGUGAGCUCGAAACCGGUACUUCCAAGUCUGUGCCAACAGAAUUGACUCAGAAGCCGACUCUUCCAGAUGGAUUACAGAGUGCGAUCGACAAGAAUGGGCCUGUCGCUGCAACCGAGGUAACAAUGGAGCCCACGUAUAUCAACGCUAAAUAUGUCCUAGAUGAUGGGAGCAUCUCAAACUCAACUGAGAACCAAACAUCGACAGAGGCUGGAAGUGGCAGGACUUACAUGAUUUCAACUCUUGAUGAAGACCAACAUCCAACUGAACCUGCCAGCAUGGGGUCAAUUGUCGACCGUGCCGAGAAUAUUUCCAGAUUCAAUGGGAACCGGACUACGUCGGAGCCCGGAAAUGACGAGAACGACAGUAUUGUAUCUCGGCAAUCAGCCCAGCAUUUUACUGAAUCUUCCAGUCUUGGGGCGAGUGUGAACCAGACCGGCUCUUCAGAAACAGUUCCUAUAGCGUCGGCAAAUCUAAAUCUGAGUGCGGCACAUGGAUUGGUAAUUUCAAUUAAUAUCACUAAUUUGGUCAUAGACAUUGAUGAGACGACGGAGUCUGAAUCGAAUUCUGAACGGGUAACAAACAAUGAUCAAGCCAUUUCAAGUCCAGAGGAUGACGACUGCGCACCGUCAUCGACCAUGCCGUCUGUUUUCGAUUCUGAUGGAGACGACUUGGUCGCUAGCGGCUUGGACUACACGUCAUUAUUUCCGGUUGAUUUAGUCGGCAGCACAGAGAGCCUUAGAGGUAACGACAGAGUAGAGGCCUCGACGGUGGCUUCAUUUGAGUGUGCUGAUAGUGGAGAUCAUAUUGGCGUGGAUGGAGGCUGCCAGGACUCGCCGUCGUCUACACCGGGCUCAACAGAUGCCAUCUCAGAAAAAGAUGGCUCACAGAAAAGUAGUGAUUUGGAAUCUGGCAAAAAUGCCUCAAUAGUUUCUGAAAGCACUAUUGUACCUACUCCGGGUAUCGCACAUUCAUCUCACAGUUCACACGAUGUCACAGUAGGGACCAACAGCUCACAACUUCCGUGGAGUUCCACCUCAGAUGAUAGUGACUUUGGGACGACGGUGAUGAGUGCCGGGAAAAGAAGCUUUAGUGCAUUACCUCCUUCUCAAGAUCGCACGAUCAACGAUAUGGAGAGCACUGUCACAGAACAGGUAACAACAGCUUCGCCAUUUUCAGCGUCCAUUACGGCUGCUGAUCUGACAGAGAGUGACUGGACCGGUGGUGGUUUGAAAUUCGGAUCAACGGACGCUCAAACUUCGGCAAGCAGAGCCACUUCCCAACCGGACCUCGACUUGAUUUAUACCACUUCACUGCUCAACCAGCCAGACACUUCAACUUUGGCUGCCGACAUCCAGCACAGCUCAACGUCUGAACCUUACUCCAGUCCAGAGCUGACGAGCCAAUCGAAGGAAGCAGUUACUAUGCCAGCGUCAACAUCCGAGCGGCCUCCCAUAGGCACAGACGAAAUUGAGCCAUCUUCCCGGCAAACUACUGGAACUGUCGAUGACAUAAUCGAUACCAGCGAAAGUGUUACUCAAUCGGAGGAUGAACUCCUAUCGACACAAUUGACCACAAGAAGUCCUGAUGAAUGGUUAUCUUCGUCGGAGCCGAAACAAACUACAGAGUUCUGGGACAGAACUGAAGUUUCGACUGAGAAACGGAGAGGCGAAAAUGAAACGCAAGGAAUACACGAAACGACCUCGAUACCAGAGACCACAUCGAAAGCAAAUCCGUCAGGAGAUCCAUUUUAUUUGCAUACAGCAAAGCCGUCACUCAAACCGCAACCGUCUAGUACAGAUUUACAUUCAGUGUCUGAAAAGCCGACCGAAGAAGCUUCUAGAUCAACGUCUGAAACACCCGAGGUAGAUGCAACAUCAGCAUCUGAUCAGCCGACUAUUGGAGAGCCAACAUCAUCAGCCAGUAGCCAUGCAACAUUUAAAGAACCACCUGAGGAAGAGAUAACACUGGCAGAGGGAGAGGCAACGUCAGCAUCCGGUCAAACCAUGACUUCGCCUGUUGUUGUCAUGCGUAGAUUCGGCGUGGACCGUGAAGGUGGAUUCACAUCAUCGUCCGAAACAAACAAGGGGCAGGAAACCGAGGUGGCCAGUUCCACUGGGCCUCUUCAUGAAGCGGAUUCGACCUUCGAGUUCGGCGAGACGACGACGAAGCAACUGCUGACCGAUCCUGAGCAUCAAAGCACAGAGAGUAUCUCGGAAAAAGCAACUGGGAGUAUGUUGCCCUCGUUACAUACGACCGAGAGAAUGCGGACAAGUUAUGGAAAUGAUGGGCCAGAAGCGACAACAGGUGCUAAAGACAUAAGCACUGCGCCAAUGUCUUCACUCGAUGAUGUUACUCAAGGAGAACCAAAGAUAGAAGAGCUGACAACCAAAGGCAAGAGCGUAACAGAAGUAUUGCCGUUAGAGUCCAUGGUAGGCAACGAAACCGAGAAUAGCCAACCGUCUCAUCGUCCUGUCACUACCAGCUGGGGAACGGAACACAUGGAUAAGGGUGGAACGACAUCAGCACAUCCAGUAGGAGAAGGCGAACUGACAACUGAUCAAACGUUAAGUGACAACUUAACGACACUACCCCAGGAGUCAACAGUUUGGGCACCUUCUUCAAACAAAACUGAGUCGACUGUACUCAACAAAAAGGAAACUAGGCAUCAGACGUCUCCGAUCUCGCCGAAUUACAAUGAAGACAGAUUUUUCACAGUGGGUCACACAGAUGAGUAUAAAACGAUAUCCACAACAACAGAAGAAUCUGUGACAACGGAACAGCCAUCCAGUGAUGUGAUGCUGUCGUCUCAGCAACCAACAGGUUUCGCUGGUGCGAUGAACAGCACGGAGUCGACUACAUGGGACACGACGAAGGAUUACCAACAGACAUAUACAGUUCCGACGCCUACCGGUGAAGAGGAGGCUUCAACUACUGACUAUACAUAUGAGGAACGAACGACACCGGAAGUCAAUCAGUCAAAAAGAGGGGAGGCAACAACAGAUCACCCUCAUAGCGAUAGCUCGACAUCACUGCUUGGGCAGUCAACUGUUGAUGCUGCCACGAUCAACAACACCGUGUCUGCUGCAUUGAACGGAACGGAAAGUCGCACUCAGACUUCAUUCUCAGCGACUACCGGGGAAGGAGGGCCUGUGUCUUUUACCAGGACAGUUUCCGAGGAACAUGAUACAAAAUGGAAUACAUUGGAGGAUUUGAGCACAAUCCAACAAUCAACACCAGUGUUCGAGCCAACAAAUGGAGUUUAUGUGCCUUCGGUCUCCGGUAAUGAAGUGAAAACAUCCGUACAACCAGUGACGUCUUCUCAGGAUCAAACUAUCCAGGAAUCGAACGUAACGUCCGAGUACAAAACAACCACUGAUGGUUUGACUCCAGAACCACUCGAAAGUACUGAAUCUGCGAUUAAUGGAACAUUCUCCACGAAAACAUCCCAACAGCAUUCAAGAACGUUCCAAAUCAAUUUAAGAAGAGCAGGUGUUGGAAGGAAGACAACAACGAAGAACAUCAAUGUGUCUACGCCAUUAUCUGUGGCGGCUCCGAAAGAACAAAUGACAACGGAAAUAUACCAAUGGUAUUCAAAAACUUACCAGGAUAAUUUCACAGAAGUUGAAGUUGGAAGAACGACGCCAAGCACAAAGAAAACCAACGAGUCAACGAUACCGGAAGAGCAUUUGUUAACCUCAACAGAACUGUCGACAACUGCUGAAUACACUAACAGCGGGUCAACAACCAGAUCGAAUGAUAGCGCUCAACUGACGUCCGCCUUGUUUGAUGAGCUAACAACCAUGACCUCGGAAAGUACCGUUGACGAUGGCUUCUUGUUUGAGACGGGCACGACUACUACGAACUCAUGGGGCGAAGGCGAAGAGACGGCUACUGAUUGGAAUGUAGAAGAAGGAAACGAGGACUAUUUCCAUGAGACGCCCACAUCCAGCACAAUGAAUGAGAAUGGAACCCCGACGCCGGAGAGGACAAACGUCUCUGGGUCUGCGACUUCAACCGACAAGGCAGUUCGGGAAGAUUCAACAGAAUCGGUUAGAGAGGCGUCUGUUUCACCACAACAUCACCGCUCAAAAGGAAUGUUGGCAUCAACCAAACAACAUACUGGAGAAGAACCGCUAGUAACGUCUGAACUCCCAGUAACGAUGCAUCCAACAACAAAAUAUGUGCCGUCGAUCACUAUCAACCGCAACAAUGUCACCGUAAUCGACGAUAUAUUGCACCCAGACUUUGUGACCCCAUCGACAGCCGUGCCUUUUGAUCAAGCUAGUGAUGAUUCAGCAACAGAUGCUUACCAAGAACCUGAUAUGACGUUUACAGCGGAGAUGCCUACCACAGCGUCUGGUAAACCGGAUCGUCUGAUGACAGGUCAGGAUUCUGGAGAGGAAAGUGGUGAGAAGUCGCAGUCGACCCAGACACAUGCGCAAAUGUCCACAACUCAGUCUGAGUUCCAGUCAACAUCCAAGCGCCCUGAUUCCUCUGGUAACGGAACGCUUGAUGAAGUGCUGACACAAGAAGAUGAUAACGUCGGGGAAACGUCUGCGCCAGGUGGCUACGCAGGUGUAACGACUUCAAGGACGAUAGGUGAUGACCGCGAUUUAGAUACGACAUUGGAAAAAUAUUCAACCACAGAGACGCUAGGCGGAUCUGAAGAUUGGACCUCGAGCUGGUCUGGCUUUGUAGAGCAUUCACGAACACCUCCAAUAAUCGAUGGACACAGUUCAGUUUCCACUUUUGAAAUUAAUGCAACCACAGAGGCGUUCAGAGAAGCUGAAGAGGCGACUACGAGCUGGUCUAACUUUGGAGGAUAUUCACGAACGUCUCCAACAAGCGAUGAGCGCAGUCCAAAUUUGACGGUCCAAGAAAAUGUUACCACAGAGAUGAUUAGCAAAACUGGAGAGACGACCACGAGGUGGUCGGACUUUGAGAAAGGUUCACGAACACCGCCAGCGCCCGAUGAACACAGUUCAGUUGCUACGAUCGAAGCAAGUGCCACCACAGAGGCGCUAAGCGUAACUGAAGAGACAGUCUCGAGCUGGUCUAAAUCUGAGGAGGGCUCACGAACACAGUCAACACUCGAUGGACACAUCUCAGUUUCUACGGUUGAAGGACUUGCUACCACAGAGACACCAAGCGAAACAAAAGAGACGGUCUCAAAGUGGAACACAUUUGCUGAGACGUCACAAACAGUGGCGGGGAUCCUUCAAACAAAGACCUCAGUCGAACCUUUCUCAGCACCAACAGACAACGUCACUGAUGCUACGAAGGUAGACCAAACGCGAGAGUCCACAACAGAGUAUAAUGGCAAAUUUGGGGUAGACGACGAGUCGACGACAGCUGCAUCCCAGUCGAAGGGAACGUUAGAGCCUCAAACAACCUCAUUUGGUAUGGCUGACUGGGAACGUACCCACGAGACAACACCGAUUCUAGUUCGAGCAACUCAAAGGAACCAAAUCUUAGAGCCGUCAGAAAUUCCAAUAGAUAUAUCAGAUGCUGGACGAAUCCAAGGCUCAGGAGCGGACACAAAUGGUACAGUCGAUUCGGAGCAAAGUCUGGAGUACUCGACCAGCCCAAUCGGUACAACGGACACGGGACAAAAUCUAGAGUCAACGACCGGUCUAGCCGACACAUAUAAUACAGAGGAAAUUACGGAGCCUGCAAUUAUCGUUAAUAUUUCAACAGGUACGGAGCUAACUCUUGAAUUAACAACAACACUGGAUAAUGCAACAAAUACGGAAGGACUCAUAGAGUCGACAGAAAGCCGACUGGGUGGGAAAGAUGUGGAGCCAACCCUAGAAUCGACAAUAACCCAAAACGUUACCGCAGAUACAGAUGUAUUCCUAGAGUUGACAACAAAUGCAAGUGUUACAUCAGAUGCGGAGGUUAUAACAGAAUCAACGAUAAGCCACAGGUCUACAACAGUUACGGAGCGAAUCCUGGGGUUAACAACGAGCUCCAUUGGCACAAGUACUAACAAUCAAAUAUUGGAUGCUUCAAAAAGCUCAAGAAGUACAGCAGAUGCGGAGGGUAUGGCCCAGUCAACAACGCCAAUCAGCCGAACAAUCGCAGAGCGGAUCAUGGGCUCAACAAGUGCCAGUGUUACAGCGAAAACCGAGCAAAUACUUGGCAAGACCUAUAACAAAUCGGCAACAUCCGCGACAAAUACCACGGUGGAAACGACGACAGUGAUGGCUACAGUGUCGAAACCAUCGACAUACGUCACAGACAAGGUUGAGUAUGAGUGGACGGGGCCGGUGGUGCGGAGGAGAAACAAACACGCAGGAGCUGACGAAGGCACAAAACCGACAACAAAGCCCCUGCCUCUCACCAGGAAAACGACAACAACGACGAAACGACCAGUGACUAAGAAAACAGCGAAGCCAUCACAAGCGUGCUUCAAAACAUGGAUCGAGUGGCGCGGUUCUUGCUACAAAGCCUUUCCCUGGCCGGUUCCCUGGACGUACGCUCAGCUGUUCUGUCAAAAACGAAAGGCCAGCCUGGCCAGCGUCCACAGCAACGACGAGAACUUCUUCCUGAUGGGUCGUUUCGGUCCGGUCUGCCACGAGGGCAAGUGCCGCGCCGUCACAGGCCUCCACAUCGGCCUCACGGACGCGGCCGAGGAGGGUCGCUACGUCUGGACGGACGGCAGCGACGUCGACUUCCUCAACUGGAGCGACUCCGAGCCGUCCAACUCGCCGCCGCCCUACGGCGACAGCCAGGGCGAGGACUGCGCGGAGCUGCGCGUCGUCUUCGGCUUCGGACAGUGGAACGACAUCAGCUGCUCCUCCGUGAAACGACCCUUCGUCUGCAAGGCGCCGGCCUUCGAACAUCUGCGCCGCUUCGGCUACUGAUGGAAUGUUGAUCACACACAACUAAAGCUCUGGCAGCGAGUGUUCGCGCAUGCCACUAAAGCUUGAACAGCAAUAAAAGUUGACGCUGGCUUCUUGAGCCGUGGCAGAGGUUAUUGCCUUCAGUUUGAGGAUCUCUGAAGCCAGCUCAGCGGCCUUUGAAGUCAAGUCGAGGAACCGAUGAUACUUAUUACUUGCAUCUCGAUGUUAGCCUCAUAUUUCAAGAUUUAGACGAAUCUGCCCUGAAAGGAGGGUAGUUACGCAUUGCAGCUUUCAGAUAUUGCGUUUUGAGUGAUGUGAUUGCUUACCAUGUCAAGAGCUGUAUGACGCAAUGCGAAAUCGAUUCCGAUCGAGAUCUGUGUGGUCCGUUUUUGUUAAUAUGAGCAUUGAUUGUGUAUUGAUGUGUGCAUUAAUGUUCCUAUUUUUGUUCAGUAGUGUUUAAAAAUUUAUAGUUUCCGAGCUGUUCCUAGGAAUGUGAAUACUUUUUAACGUAAAUAUUUACUGUCUAAAUAAAUAUUAUGGCCACGUUUUCCUUGCUGGCUUAAGUCUUCA